AUGGAGGGCUACGUUUGUCCUAGUGAUCGUCAACUGGCUCUGCGAGCAAGGUUGGGUACCGGCUGGUCAACUGUUGCUCAGACAAAUCAGAGGCGGGCGAAUGCAAGGUUGUCAAACGAGGAGUUGGACCACAUCUAUCGUGUACUUCAGCGCAAUGAAUCAAUUAAUGAAAGAGAAAAUAGACGUGUCGAAUCUAUGUUGAAGAAGUUGGAACACAUGAAGAUCACUACAGUGGCGCAAAAUAAAACAGCGUGCAACAUUUGUGGCCACGAAUUUGGUCUUCUACUUAAGUCUUCCACGCACUGUGCAGAUUGCGGACGCCUUGUUUGCAAUCGAUGUUCCGUGGAGUAUACUGAGGAGCUUCCAGAGAAGCUAAGGAUAACCAGCGAUGCUUCCAACAUUUCACCCUCAAGGUACCUCCCACCAGGAUCGUUGGGGGUAUCAGGAGGUAAACGGACGGGUUCGCGAGUGCUGCAACGUCUGUGGCAGUCGCGUCAGCUAUCAGAACAGAGAGACGAUGCCAAAGAAGGGCUCAACCCUCACGACCAGUCGGCUUACAAUGGAACAAUUGGGGCUCGAUCGAAAUACAAAUCAUUCUCACUUGAGCGACAUCAGUCACUGUCGCGACUUUCGAAUAUCUUCUCGAUUCAAAUGCCUCUCACUCCAAGUACUUCACUCACAUCUACAAGUAAUCGGUUUCAUCUCUGCAAACUCUGCUGUGAGGCGAGAGAAAUAUGGAAGAGGUCAGGCGCAUGGUUUCACAUGAGCCUCCCCAAAGGCGGCCUUCAUAGUAGUUGCCCCGCCAGCCCACUGACUGCGAAGCCACUCACGGCAGUAGACGGAUGGACGAGUCUGCUUACUCGUGGCUCUGGCGAACACAUUUCCUCAGCUGGUGGUGUUCAAGCUAGCGACGACGACUGGACACGCAUUGAAAAGAGGCCUCCGGAGCCAACAACACCAAACGAAGGUGUCGGAAGUCACUGCGGUUUUACGAACGUUAAAUCAUCGGUUGGGGAGCCCAACAGCUCCUCUAGCACAGUCAUCACAAACUCGGGCAACGGGGCAGGUAGCGGCGCAGUCACUCACCCAGGAAGUUCCCACAACUUAUUUGAAUCUCCAACUUGGAAGCCAGUACUGGAGCAUCAACAGCGGCAGCAUCAGACACUUUUGCCAUCGCCAAUAUGCAAAAGAGACCAAAAGGCACCUCGACAAAUUCAUGAAUCGCUCUCUCAGAACAGUUUUCGUUCAACUGAGAGAUCACCCCAACGUGGAAGUGAAUCAAAAGUCCAGAGCCUUUUUCCUGAAACUAGGUUGGGCCUCGGAGUCACCAGUCCUAAGAUUGCCCCAUCCACGUUCACUCUGUCCCCAGAGCUGAAGUUCAACAAAGUUUCCCCAUCUUGCCGAAAGUCUGCUGUUCCUUUCGCAGAAGCUCCUCUGGGAAUUCUCUACUUUUCUGUCACAUACGAUCCUACCAAUUGCGAGCUUCACGUCCGGAUACACAAUGCUAAGAACCUCAUCGCAAUGGAUGCUAAUGGACUUUCGGACCCAUUUGUUGUAUGCCAGUUGCUGCCAACUGUUGGAAAACAAUUUCGCACCCGAACGAUUCCCCAAGACCUUAACCCUGUUUGGAAUGAAACAUUUACUUUUGUUGGGCUUGACAAUCGAAAGCUUGAAAAGAAAAUUCUUAGGUUGGCCGUCUUGGAUGCAGACACUUUUGGUGCAGACUGGCUGGGUGAGUACCGUCUCGGUCUUGGUGAAUUGUUGCCGGAUCGAGUAUCGGAGUUCGCAGUCCCUUUGAACCCUCGCAAGCCCCUUUCCAAGGAGAUUGAUGAUUUGGCGAAUCCCACUCGAGGAAAAAUACAAAUUUCGAUGCAGUAUAUUGAGGAGGCAAAGCAGCUUUGCGUAGAAGUCCUACGAUGCGCCGAUCUGGCUCCAAUGGAUCACAAUGGGCUCUCUGACCCGUUUGUAAAGCUGUAUCUUCGGCCUGACAAACUGCGCAAAACUAAACAAAAGACCAAAGUUAAAAAAUCUACGCUUUUUCCGGAAUUCCACGAGCAAUUUUUCUUCGCCAUGGAUGCCUCGGAAGUAAAUAAGCGUACUCUGGAAAUAACAGUAUGGGACUUUGAUCGAGGAGUGAAAAACGAUUUCAUCGGCGGCCUGACACUGGGCGCGAAGGCUAAGGCGGAACGACGCGAAGUAUGGCAGGCGGUGUUUCGGCCACCCUACCGACGCUUCGAGGCCUGGUUUCAGCUUGCCUCUCGCUCCGACAACGAGUAUCUCGGCAACAGAUCUCAGACUGCCGGCGAAGGCACCAUUGACCACUAUUCAGCUUCGGGCAUUUGCGACUAG